AUUUAUUCUGCAAUAUAUUUACCUUAUCUCCUGUCUUCCGAGCUGGUUUUGAAUUUGCACCGACGAUGGCGUUCCACACUUCCGAGAAACCAAUUCAAAUCACACAAGUGCCACAACAGAAGGAAGCCAUCACACGAAAAGCCCAGAGUACAUACUACUACUAUUCAUAGCUAGCUAGAGCCUCAUCAGUGCUACUAGUAGACCGAUUGACGAUGUACGGCAGUGUGUUUUUUGGGAGUAACAAAGACAAUGACGAUGACAAUGGCAAUUCAAGGCCUUUAGGAAGUCAAAUCAGUUUGCCUGUCAUUCCUCCAGGUGAAGCAGACAAUGCUAGAAGUACAUGUACUACUGGUAGUAAGUCUUCUACUGUGGGGCCUUCUCCCCUCUUAGACGAGUGUGCUGAAGUGUCCAAGAAGAGAGGAACUGCGACAAUGAUGAGUUGCAUCGUCAACUUGGCCAACACCAUUGUGGGCGCUGGAAUGCUGGGACUCCCAGGUGCUUUUGGAGGAACGGGUUACGUGGGUGGGUCCAUCUUGAUCGUGCUGGGGGCUUUUUUCUCCUCCAUGGGAUUGUGGUUGCUCUCUCGAGCGGCACAACGAGCUGGAUUGCCCAGUAGCUUCUACUCGGUGGCUCAUGCAGCAGUUCCUCAGUACACUGUCUUGAUUGACUUGGCUGUGGCACUCAAGUGCUUUGGCGUUGCCACGGGAUAUCUCAUCACGGUAGGAGAUUGUAUGGUCGAUGCACUCGAUCACAUCCUACUCAAUGACAAGGACAACGAUACUCCCACUGGAAUCACGAAACUCAUCCUCACGAGACAAUUCUGGGUCGUUGCCGCCGUACUGGCUGUACUUCCCAUUUCAUUUUACAAGACGCUCGAUUCGCUCAAGAAAACAUCCGCCAUUGCGCUCAUAUUUGUCCUUUUCCUGGCUUUUGGAAUUGUGGCUUACGCCAAUGGACUCGCGGAUCCAUGCUUGGAUACUGAAGAAGAUGUCUGUCGAGGAGAAAUUCUACCCUUCACGGACAUUUCCACUACCAUCUCCAAACUACCCAUUUUUGUAUUUGCCUUUACGUGCCAUCAAAACAUUUUCCCCGUUGUCAAUGAGCUCGCACAGCGCACACAACAAAGACUCAAUAUCAUCAUUGCGGCAUCCAUUGGAGUGGCACUCAUUCUAUUCUACAUUGUCGCCACGGAAGGAUACAAAACAUUUGGAUCCAUGACGCGAGGAGAUGUACUACUCAACUACCCAGAAACUGGCAAAGUCACUAUACUACGAAUAUGCAUUGCAAUCAUGCUGUCACUACACUAUCCACUCCAAUUGGAUCCUUCCAGACGAUGCAUCAAAAGUUUGAUUCGGGAAAUUCAAAGACAGUGGAACAAACCAAAUCAGACUGGCAGCAAUCCCACCAGACUCUUUCAUAGAAGAACACCCGAUCUGAUAGAACAAGAAGCAGAAGAACAAGAAGGCCAGCCAUACCAAUGCGCAAGUGAAGAAUCCAACAGUCAUUAUAAGCAGAACCAGGAGUUGAAGCAACAAUCUGCCAAUGACAACGACGACGAUGAUGACACUAUGUUCUACGUCAUUACAAUUUCCUUUUUACUUUGUUCCUUUGCUCUGGCCAUGAUUGUCAAUGAUCUAGGAGUCAUUCUGGCAAUGGUGGGUGCCACGGGAUCGACUCUAGUCAGCUACGUGCUACCCGGAUUGAUUUAUCUCAAGUUGCAUCCAUACCAAGAUCUUUCCAAACGAUUGGCCUAUCUGCAGUUGGGUUUGGGUUGCCUCAUUAUGCCCCUUGCGCUCUAUUUCGUUGUCAUGCAAAGAAUCAAAACGUAAAACAAAAAGAAGGGGAUCGGCGCCAAUGGUGGUAUUGAACGUUCGCCAGGUUCGUGAACCUAUUCGUGUACCGGUUAGUAAUAGUGAAGUGCCGGCACAACAAGGAAGCAAACGUUGCAAUGAAUAGAAUGGAAAUAGCUCCAAAGAAAUUAGCAGCAUAUGUUCCAUACCUGCGACAUACGAUUUGAUUUCAGGGAACUACUACGUAAUACAUGUAGAGAACUAGCUAGUAGCCAGCCAGCCAGCUGGCUAAGGUUUACUCGGAGUACAUGUCAUAGCCACAUACCCGGUACCUACGACAUAGAUCUACAUGUGCACUGUACUGUACCAUUAUUUCAGUGCCUGCACUUGCUAGUCAAAGCUUCAGCACGCUAGAGCUAGAGUGCAUGUUGUCACUGAUACUAGCUAGUAGUCUACAUACAUGUAUGUACGUAAAAGGUAGACUACAUCAAUAGCGAAAAACUAAUUUUAAAAAUAAAUAAUGAUAAACAGACUUGCCGACUAGAGUCUACAGGAGUGACAUGGGAGAACAG